GCUUUUCCAACUUUAAUAUUUUCAUUUGAUCCAUUCAGUACUCAUGCACGAAUCCGAGUUGAAGAUGGUAAUAUUGUGUUUGAAGCUCCACCAAGAAAAAGCAUUUCAUUCAAAUCAAAUCUAGGAACCAUUUAUGUCAAUGGAGACAAAUUGGACAAUUUGGUAUCAAAAUCAAGUUCAUCAUCUUCAACAAGUUUAUCGACUGUUUCAUCUGAUGGUUCCUCUAUUCAGACUUAUGAUCAAAAGAUCAAUUCGUUGAAAGACUCUGUUGAUAAACUCAAUGAGUAUUCAGAUGUUUUAAAUAAAGCUAGACUACUUUUCAGUCCAGGAAGACGACAGUUUUCACCAAAGGAUUUUAGACGAGCAGUUUACAAUAUCACAAGAUUGACGAGUGAAUUUAAUCGACUAAAACAGCGUUUGGAAGAAAACUUUUGCUCAAGUAAUCCAUGUCGAAAUGGCGGCAUUUGUAUACCUAGUUUUCAAUCUUAUAUUUGUGAAUGCCGUGAAGGUUGGGAAGGUGUCAACUGUGAUCUUGAUGUAAACGAGUGUUUAACAUUUGCUUCAACCGAUCUUGGCUGUCAAAAUGGUGCCUCCUGUGUUAAUCUUCCUGGUACUUAUCAGUGUAAUUGCCUUAAUGGAUUCUUUGGAGUUCAUUGUACACAACGGUCAGACGAUUGUGCGUCAGCAUCAAACGAGGCACUCUGUGGUCAUGGAAUUUGCUUAUCGACUGGCAAACCGGCUGCUGGUAAACCUCAUUACACUUGUUUGUGUGACCAAGGGUGGACAACUGAUGGAGUCUCUCCGGCUUGUCGUGUUGAUGUCGAUGAGUGUGCUAGUCCAAUGCCUCACUGUUCAAUUAAUCCACCUGUUGAUUGUAUUAAUUAUCCUGGUGGCUUUACUUGUGGACCAUGUCCUGCUGGGUACAAGAAACAAGGCUUUUACUGUGUGGAUAUAGACGAGUGUCAAGUAAAUAAUGGAGGCUGUUCAAUUUCACCUAGAGUUCAAUGUCGUAAUUUACCUGGAGGAAAAGAAUGUGGUUCAUGUCCUCCAGGUUUUGCUGGUGAUGGAAUCUCUUGUUCCUAUGUUGGUGUUUGUUCAAUUCGCAAUGGGGAUUGUUCACCCGUUGCCCAGUGUGUUGAGAUUAGUGCUUCAGCUGGACCUGGUAGAGAGUGUCGUUGUCCUGCGGGUUACAUUGGAAAUGGUGAAGGUGCAAAUGGUUGUUUACCCUCUACGAGUACGACAUGCGAUCAAAAUCCUUGCGUUGUUGGAAUUUGUAUUCCCGUCUCUUCUAAUCCUCCAAGUUUCACCUGUCAAUGUCCACCAAGUUUUACUGGUAAACGCUGCGAUACUCAAAUUUCAAAUAGCUGUGAUCCAAAUCCUUGCUUGAACGGUGGUACUUGCAUCAAUGAUGCAAUUGGACCAAUUUGUCUAUGUAAAGCAGCUUACCAAGGAACUCGUUGUCAAGAUCAACGCUCCCAAUGUACAGGAGAUUUCGAUUCUCCGACAGGAGUUAUUAGUUUUCCAGAUAAUGGUGACGAGUAUCCACAAAAUGCAGUUUGUAACUGGCGUAUUCGUACUUCCUUGGGUAAAGUUAUCCAGGUUACUUUUACAAAACUAGAUAUUGAACCAUCGUAUGACUGCCAUUCCGAUUCAAUAUCUCUGUAUGAUGGAUUAACUUCAACAGCUCCUGUUAUUGGUAAAUAUUGUGGUCAAUUAUCUAAUCUUCCCGAGAAUCAUACUAUCACUAGUGAACAACCCUACUUACUCAUUAGUUUCACAUCUGACAUGAGUAAUCAAGGUUCUGGUUUCAGUCUAAAUUGGACUACAGUUACACCUGAAUGUGGAGGGGUCAUUAAUGGUACUGAAUAUGGAGCCAUUACUUCGCCCGGUUAUCCAGACAAAUAUCCUCCUGGUCGUGAUUGUUAUUGGUACAUACAUGGAACACUAGGAAAACGAAUUGUUUUCCACUUUGCUUUACUUUCUCUAGAGAUUCAUCCUGAUUGUAAAUUUGAUUUUCUCAGAAUUUAUGAUGGCCAUUCUGAUACUGAUCCGAUCCUUGGCAACUACUGUAAUACCACAUCACCAUCACCAUUAACAACAUCAGGACCUUCAGCUUUGGUUCACUUUCAUUCGGACAGAAACCGUCAAGAUUCAGGAUUUCACAUUACUUUUGCUACUAUUCCGGCCAUCUCUGGUUGCGGAGGCUUACUAACUGGUGAUAGAGGAGCACUUAGCACGCCCAGUUUUCCUAAUCGAUAUGAAGGUAAUUUAGAAUGUGAUUGGGUUAUUCGAAUCAAAUCACUUGAAGAUCGAAUUGAAUUACGUUUUAACCAAUUCGAUUUGGAACAUCAUCCUAAUUGUCGUUAUGAUUACGUUGAGAUUCGUGAUGGCGAGCAGCAAAAUGCACCUCUAAUCGGACGUUAUUGUUCAACUACAAUUAAACCUCCAGUGCCCAUUCUAUCCACAUCAAAUAAAUUAUUUGUUCGAUUCAGAUCUGAUUGGUCUAGAGAAGGAACCGGGUUCCAUGCAACUUAUGAAGUUUUCUGUGGUGGUUAUUUCACCGAUGAUUCGGGGACAAUAUCAUCUCCUAACUAUCCACUUCUCUACCCCAAUUCAAAGAACUGUACCUAUCAUAUUCGAGUUCCUCCUGGAAAAAUUAUACAACUCAGCUUUACGUUUUUUGAUUUGGAAAACUCUCCAGAUUGUAUAUUUGAUUAUGUUGCUAUCUCUGAGCCUGGUAUUUUGGCUACAAAUCUAACACGUCAACUGUGUGGCUCAGAAAUUCCUGAAAUGAUCACGUCUAAUCUCAAUGAGCUCAUCAUUACAUUUAAAACGGAUUCACGUACAAACAGACAUGGAUUCCGGGCAAACUAUUCUUCUAUCGAUGCUUCUUGUGGUGGUGUUUUAAGAGAUAAAAAUGGUAUAAUAACUUCACCCAGUCAUCCAAAUGAAUAUGCUCAUGGCAAAGAGUGUGUCUGGCUUUUAAGUGCACCAAAGGGUCAUGUUGUUCAGCUGACAUUUACCAUGUUCAAUCUUGAAGGUGGGCGUAAAUGUUCCUAUGAUUAUGUUGAGGUGAUGGAGAAAAAUAUGAAUUUUGGUAGAUUUUGUGGUAACCAGAUUCCAUCACCAAUUCAAUCAGUUGAUGAACAGUUAAUUGUUCGCUUUAAAUCAGAUUCAUCGGUAUCCUUUGAAGGGUUUGUUGCAGCUUACUCAUUCUUGAAUGGUUCAAAGUUUUGUGGUGGAAUACGAAGAGGUCUUUCAGGUGAAAUUGUUAGUCCUAAUUAUCCUCUGCAUUACCCCAAGUCUCGUCGAUGUUUAUGGAAAAUAAUUGCACCUGAGAACAAUCAAUUGCAAAUCAAAUUUACUGAUAUAAAUAUCGAGUUUCACAAUUCUUGUACCUUUGAUUAUAUCGAAAUUUAUAACGGGUUAGACACUUCAGCCCCUCUAAUCGGCAAAUAUUGUGGAAACAAAUUACCUCCUUCAAUAAUCUCACAUUCAAAUACUGUUACCAUACAAUUUAUAACCGAUAGUGGAGUUUCUGGUCAUGGAUUCAAGUUGACAUAUAAUGUUGCUGGAAGUGGUUGCGGUGGGCUAAUGCGCUCAGCUUCAGGAGUUAUUAUAUCGCCUAAUUAUCCCUACCCAUACAAUCACGAUGCUGAAUGUACCUGGGUUAUUAAAACAUCUAAAGGAUCCCGUCUAACUCUCAAUUUGGUCGAUUUAUCUCUAGAACCACAUUCAGAUUGUGCCCAUGAUCGACUUGAAAUUUAUGAUGGACCAGACAGUAAAGCUCAACGGUUGUUAAAAGCAUGUGGAGAUACAUUGAUUGGUGAACCAUUGAAAUCAAGUGCAAAUGUUGUCACUGUUAAAAUGAUAACUGAUGGUUCAAUUAGUUUCCGUGGCUUCAAAUUAUCUUAUGCGACUAAUUGUUCCAAUACAAUUAACGAUCUUCAUGGUGUCAUAGAAUCACCAAAUUAUCCUGAUCUUUUCUCAUCAAAUUCAAAUUGUUCGUGGACAAUCAAAGUUCCCCAAGGAAACAAUAUUAGUUUGGCUUUUCAAGAUACUCAUUUCAAUUCUCCAUGCACCACAAGCUAUUUAUCAAUUACUAAUUCAACAAGCAAUGCUCAAUUAUUCAGCACAAAAUCAAUCCAAUACUGUAUUGAUAAUGCAACCAUUAGUAACCUUUUUAUUCCCAGUAGUUCUGUUUCCAUUGACUAUAUCAAUAUUGGUACACAGAGUUCAUCAAGUUUCCGACUUGAAUGGUCAAUGGUUGGAUGUGGUGGAUAUUUAACUGCUGAUAGAGGAGAGAUUACAUCUCCUGGUUAUCCUAAUCCAUAUCCUCAUAGAGUUACUUGCCAAUGGACAAUCAAAGCUAAACCUGGUUAUAAGAUCAGUCUCUCAGUUUUCGAUUAUUUCAUCGAAUCAUCAACAACUUGUAAUUUUGACUCGCUUCAAAUAUUUUCAGGUCCUGAUUUAACCUCACCUCGUUUAUUGAAACUUUGUGGUAGAUCUUUAUCAUCUAAAACACUUUCUUCAAAUGGAAACUACAUGACCAUAUUUUUUAGCUCUGAUGAUUUGAUAGCUGGUAAAGGUUUUAGAUUAACUUAUUAUACUGAACCUGGUACCUGUGGUGGUUACCAAAAUUUGGAUGAAGGCACAAUUACUUCGCCUAAUUAUCCACUUUCCUAUGAUUCAUCUGAUGACUGUGAAUGGAUCCUUGGUUUUGGCAGUGAUAGAAUCAAGAUAACGAUUCAAGAUCUUGAUAUACCUUCUUCCGCAAAUUGUACUGAAAGUUUUCUAGCCUUUUAUUCCGACUCAAGCAAUAAAUUGGCUCAGCUAUGUGGUAAUGAAGUUCCUACUGAGCAAAUAAUAUCUCCUUCAAGCAAUAUUCGAGUUCGCUUCAAAGCCAAUGGAAAAGCGACCGGUAAAGGGUUCAAAUUUUUAUACCAAGUAAUUUGUGGAGGAGAUCGUAUUGCUGAAGAAUAUCCGAAAGUGAUUCGAAAUCCCAAUUAUCCGUCAAUAUCAAACAAAAAUCCAUCCUGUGACUGGGUUAUCAGAACUAAUAAACAGAAUCCUGGUAAACGAAUUAUGUGGAGAUUCAUCAAAAUUAUAAGCGCAGGUAGUGGAAGUUUAGAGCUUAGAGAAGGCGAUUCCAGAGAUUCUCCUCUAAUUGCGAAGUACACUGACUCAUCUCAUCCUUUACCAGUAAUUACACAAGGAAAUUCUCUCUUUGUUCAUCUAACCGGUCCAAUUAUUUUCUCAGCAUCUUAUUCAACUGAUACAAGUCAAUGUGGGGGAACAUUUACUGGUUUUACCGGCAAUUUUGCUUCACCAGGUUAUCCAAACUCUUAUCCACUUUCAACAACUUGCAUCUGGAAAAUCAAAGCCUCUUCUGGAAAUCGUGUUUCUCUUACAUUUCUUGAUUUCAAUUUUGAAUCAGACGAAUUUUGUGCCCUUGAUUAUGUUGAGAUUCGUGAGGGUAGCGCAUCAGGUCAAUUGAUUGGACGUUUUUGUGGUCAAUCCAUUCCUCCUAUUCAAAAUUCAAGUUAUUAUGCUGGGUUGUGGAUUAAAUUUCAAUCUGAUGGAGAUGGCUCUGCUCCAGGAUUCCAAGCUUCUUUUGAUACUUCAACAAAUGUUGAGCUUACCGGUGAUUCAGGCUACAUAUCUUCACCAGCUUAUCCCGAAUACUACGCAACUAAAACAAAUCAACGUUGGUCUGUAACGGUCAAAGAUGGAUUAACCAUAGCUUUUCGUUUUAAUACAAUUUCACUUAUCCCAAGAUUCACUGAAUGUGAACGUAAUUAUGUUGCUAUAUAUGAUGGACCUGAUUGGACUUACCCAUUGUUGGGUAGAUUUUGUGGUUUCCAGGUGAAUGGUAUAAAAACUACUUCGUCAAACAUUGCAACUGUCUUCUUUCGACCUGAUUCAACACUGUCCAGGUUUUUGAUAUUCUGGAAAGCAGAGGCUAAAAAUGUUACUUCUCUCAUCGGUGAUUUAUCAACUAAACCAUCAAACUGUAGUUACUUUUUGAGUUCACAGUUGGGUCAAAGUAUAGCAAUAUCAUCUCCAGGUUAUCCUUUUGGUUACUCACCUAAUAUCAAUUGUAGCUGGUUCAUUACAGCUCCUAGUGGUACUCAUUUCAAAGUUAACGUCACUGAUUUAAAUAUCGAACAUGCAUCUUCCGAAGUUUGUAAUUAUGAUAGACUUAACUUUUAUCAGUAUAGCUUCGAAGAUAGUGUUUGGAUAAAAAAUCGAACCAUUUGCGGAAAAAAUAAACUUUCUUUCGAACUCAGCACACAUUUAUCUCAAGUAAAUUUUAUGACUGACAGUCACAUCAACAAAACUGGCUUUAACUUAACCUUGACUCCAGUUUGUGGAGGAGUUUUAAACCUCGAACAAGCUGUUAUCAAUUCAUCUAUUCUUGGAUCGGCAGUGUCUUGCUCAUGGAAAAUAAUGGUUCGUGAUGGCAGAACAAUUGAACUCAACUUCUUUUCAUUCAAUCUUGGCUCAGGAAAUCCAUGUACUAAAGGAUAUAUGAAUAUAAGAAACGGUCCAUUUGAAAAUUCACCAUUAAUUGGGCACUAUUGUGGUGCCAAUUUACCGCCCGUCAUACAAUCGGAUUCUAACCAAAUGUUUAUUUCAGUUUAUGCACCCAGGACUAGUCCAUCAGAUUUUUCUUUCAAUUAUCGGGAAAUUUCAGCAACUUGUGGAGGCUCAUUCGAUUUGGAUGAAAAUACACCUUCAGUGACCAUCAAUUCUCCAGGAUAUCCUUCCCUUCCUCCUCAUGCUCUUCAAUGUGACUGGCUGUUCAAAGGUCCUGCUCAUCGUAAUCUUAGGAUAGAUUUUGAAAUUAUUUCUGGACCUUCAAUUAUUAGACACACAUGUAACAAGAAUUUGACUCGUGUUGAUGUUCAUGAUGGUGGAACUCGAUUGUCCCCACUAAUAGGUCGUUUCUGUCCUCGCCCACAAGCUUCUGGUGUUACUACCACAGAAAACUUCAUGUUUGUCCGUUAUUCGGCUUCGGGUGAUCUUACUUUGGCUCCAUUUAAAGCAACCAUUUCCCUCAAUAUUUGUGGAGGAACUUACUUCAUUUCAUCUUCAGUCGUCAUUCAAAGUCCUAACUUUCCGAGUCCUUAUGAUGGUAACAUGAAUUGUGGCUAUUAUCUUCAUUCAUAUUCAACUUCUUCUACCGUAAUGGCAACCAUAUUGAGUUUGGAUCUACCUUCUGAAUCCAGUUGUGAUGAUGGUGACUAUUUAGAGUUUCGUGAAAUAUCACCGACAGGUGAUCUUAUAAUGAAAUUAUGUGGAACUCGAAACUCUACAGUUACUGUACAAUCGACAACAAGUGUUAUGUACGUACUUUUUAAAUCCAAUUCUGAAAAUGCUGGCCAAGGAUUUCGAAUCUCCUUCUCUUCUUACACUGAUUAUGAAAAUAGCUGCUAUAAUACAUUUGAUGCUUCUAAGCCGGGAAUUGUGCGUACUCCACAGUCAUCUCUUGGACACUCUCUUACCUGUAGCUGGUCAUUCAAAGCUCCAGUUGAUCGCCGUAUUUCUUUAACUUUCACUAAAUAUAACCUUAAACAAAAUACAAGAGUAGCAAAUUCAUGUCUCGAUUCACUUGAAGCUACUUUCGAUCAUCGUUCAUUUUACUUUUCAGAUAUUGUGCCAUCCGAGCCAAAUAAAUUGAUUCUUCCUUGUGGAUAUCAAAAUGAAUUUUCAAUAAAGUCUCCUAAUAAUGUGCUAUUUUUGAGAUUCAAAACUUUUAGCUUAGGAUCUGGUGAAGGAAUAGAGGCAAGCUUUUCUGCCAGUGAACCAACAGAGUGUGGAGGAGUCGUCACAAAAAAUUCACCUUUGAUUGUUUCAACCAAUUUUUCAAAGCCUGUAGAUGGUGCAAUCAUAAAUUGUUUCUGGAAAAUUGAAAUUGAAACUGAAGAUUUAACAAAAACAAAGUGGAUUGAAUAUGAAACUAUCGAAGUACUUGGCUCUGAUUCAAGUGAUGCAUAUUGUUCUAAAGGAAAAAUAGCUGAAGGCUCAGUUACAGAUUUAGAUCAUUCUGUAGGUAAAUUAUUCUGUGGAAAUAAAACCAAUCAAUUUUCACUGAUUUCAUCGAAAAUCGCAUCGUUUGGUAUCUCUGCACGUAUCAAUCAAACCAAAGGUUAUCGUGGUGUAAAGGCAAUGUAUCGUGUGAAUGAUUGCGGUGGCAGAAUCACUGAUCCUCAAGGAAAUUUCAGUUCACCAGGUUGGCCUCAAGGUUAUCCAGUCAAUGCAACUUGUUUUUGGGAGUUCAAUUAUAACUAUAUAAAUAGUUACGCCUGGCAAGUCGAGUUCACAGAAUUUGAAUUGGAAGAAGACUGCUCCAAGGAUUACGUAGAAAUUUGGGAAGGAACCGUUGAUGACCCCGUAGUUAUUGGACGUUAUUGUGGCAAGUCGGGUCCAACUAGUUUCGUGGCAUCUAACAUUGUUAUUGUCUUCCGGAGUAACGGAGUUGGAAGUGCUAAAGGAUUCAAUGUUAAAUUUUCAUUAGCGUCAAGAUACUGUGGAGGUUUCGUUCGAGCUAGCUCCAAUUAUAGAGUGCGUAGUGCAAAUUAUCCUCUUGCUUAUCCUAAAAAUUCAGAGUGCAUAUGGAACAUUGAAUCUUACCCAGAAUUUCGCCUCAACUUGACUUUUGAAGAGCGCUUUGAUAUUGAAAAGUCAGCAAACUGCACUAAAGAUUAUGUUUCAAUAAGCGAAUGGAAAGGCAAUUCAUGGAAAUUUAUUGGUCAAUAUUGCGGUCUUAUUCCGCCUAAACCAUUAGCUCUUGAUUCAUACAAAGCUCGAGUUGUUUUUCACUCUGAUGAUGACAAUAGAAUCGGCGAUGGAUUUACUUUAACCUUAGGAAGUAUAUGUGGUUUCUUAGUUGAUGAACCAGGCGAGGGUAUUAUAAGUUCACCUGGUUCUAAUGGUUAUCGCCCUGGUUCCAACUGUGUUUGGACCUUGAAAGGUCAAAGAGACACUGAUGUCAUUAAAAUUGAAUUUCUUGACUUUGAUCUUGAGCCUCAUCCGUCUUGUGGAUUUGACUUUGUUAAGUUAAUACGAGGCAAUUCAUCAUUAGCGCAAGAUGUAAUUGGUACAUAUUGUGGUUCCACUAAACCAGAUAAUGUAAUUGUUCGUGGAAAUUUAACAAUUGCCUUUAGGUCAGAUACCAUUAAAUCUCAUAGAGGGUUCAAUAUUAAGUAUCAAAUUAUUCCUUGUGGUGGAAAUUUCACUCAAUCGUCUGGCAAAGUCACAGCUCCAAUAGUUGAUGACAAUUAUGUUAACAACGCACAUUGUAGCUAUUUGAUUACUGUUCCUGAAGAUAACGUCAUUAUGCUUCGUUUGAGCAAAAUUGAAUUGUACAACACUGAACUUUGUUAUCCAAAUGGUUUCGUUUAUCCUCACUCUGAACUAGAUUAUUUGGAAAUUUGGGAUGGCCCCAGUAGAGACAGUCCUCUUUUACGUCGACUGUGUGGUUCAUCUGAUCCAAUGAUUUUCAAAUCCUCAACCAACUCUUUGUUGCUUGUUUUUCAUUCUGAUGAGGAAUAUACAAGUUCUGGUUUUGAAGCAACAUGGGAAACAACCCUUGGACAGAAACAAGGCUGUGGAGGAAUACUAAAUGGAACUUCUGGUUCACUGGAAUCACCUGAUAUUGAUAAAGAUGGUCGAUAUGAAAAUAAUUUGGACUGUACUUGGCUCAUCAUUUCAGACGGAAAAUAUGACGUUCUUGAGAUAACCUUUAGUCUUAUGGAUAUCGAAGCUAGUUCAUUGUCACCUAAAAUUGAGUGUGCCAAUGAUUUCCUCGAAAUUAGAGAUGGAAUGUCUUCUUCUAGUCCAUUGAUAGAUGUUUAUUGUUCAUCUGAACUGCCAACUAAAUUGUUAACUUCUUCAUCUCGUGCCUACAUUCAUUUUUACUCCAAUGAGGAUACCAAUGGCGCUGGUUUUCGUUUGACUUACAAAACGGUUAACCAGACUUGCGGUGGAACUUUGAAAGUCAGCAAUAUUACAACUGGAAUCAUAGCUUCUCCCAAUUAUCCAAAUAGUUAUCCUUCAUCCAUUAGAUGUUUCUGGCAUUUAUUAUUCGACACAGGUAGCGCAGAGAUCUCUAUCACUUUCAAAGAUCUUGAUUUGGAUUGUGAUUCAAAAGUUUCUUUGGAAAUUGCUGGCCACGCUCUUUACAAUGAACCUCAUCGGAUCUGUGGUACAACUUCACCUCCAACCUUCCACAUUUCCAAUGAUGCCACAUUCACCUUUACAUCUAGAUCAGAGGUAAAAACAACAAGACGAGGAUUCUCAUUGGAAUACAAAUUGGCUGGUUGUAAUGAUACAUAUACAGAAGAGUCUGGUGUAAUUACCAGUCAAAUUUACCCAAUGGCUUAUCACUACAAUGGUCUAUGCAAUUUCACCAUCAAAGCUUCUCCUGGAUACUCAAUCUCGGUCUAUUUUCAUGAAGCAGAAUUUUCUUUCAACGGUAUGAGCAACUGUAACUCAACCAGUCUAUUUACAGUCAAAGAUGGUGAAGGCCCAGUAAAAUCUAUACCAGUAUGUAAACUUCCAGAUCCAAUUUUUUCAUCCAAUUCAAGCCUGACGUUCAAAGUAAAUACUGAAUGGUACAAAUAUUACAUGAUUUAUACUACUACUAAUGCUGGCCCUGGGUGUGGAGGCAAUAUUAGAGCUUUCAAUGGAAGCUUUACUUCACCAAGUUAUCCAAAACCCUAUUCAAAUGAAUCUGAAUGUACCUGGAAUAUAUUCAGCUAUGGUUACCAUGCGUUAACAUUUCGCUUCAUCACAUUUGAUUUCACAUCAUUACCUGGUUGUACCACUAAUUACGUUGAAUUAUAUGAUGGUUCCUUAGUUGGACGUUAUUGUGGUUCGGAAUUGCCAGCAACGUACGUUUCUCGGGGUAAUACUUUAAAAGUUAAAAUGGUUACUUCAAGCAGUAAUCGAGGAAAUGGAUUCCAUGCUAAUUUCGCGAUAAAUCAAUACGCUCCUUCGAAUCUACAGAGAGUUAUUUCCACCCCAUUAAACUAUGAUACUAAUGAAAGACCAGCCUCCCUGUUCGAUCCAUCUUCUGGCAUUAUGGUUGGAUGAAUUUAUUGGGAAGAGUG